AUGAUACUAUCGACAGGACGAGGAUUAGCCAUUUAUGGUGACGAAAACCGCUGGCCCAAAAAUAUCAUUCCUUAUGAUAUAUCGGCCAUUACCGACACACUUCAUCUCAAUCUGAUCACAAAUGCCAUGGAAACACUUAUGUACGCUGUUGGUACGCCCAACUAUCAGUCAACCACACGUAAUUCUUGCGUUUAUUUUCGACCUAAAAAGGAGAAUGACACAAACUUUUUAACUAUUCAAUAUGGAAAAGGAUGCAGCGCAACGGUCGGCUUCAGAAAAAGUCAGAGAAUAGUGAUGCAUCUUGCGAAAAAAGGUUGUUUUAGGAGUGGGACAAUUCAGCAUGAAUUACUACAUGUCCUUGGAUUCUGGCAUGAACAGUCGCGGCCUGAUCGCGAUGAUUAUUUGACUAUACACCACGAGAACAUUCAGGAGGAUCGUGCAAGUGUUAUUUUGAUAAACUUGAAUAACUUUCUUUGGUCUUGUAGCACCACAAUUUUAACAAGUAUGAAUGGAGCUCAAAAGCCUACAAUCAAGGCUACCAUACGAUUACAAAUCUCUGAUGCAUUAUGGAGCCAAAGCGUUCAGUAA